AUGGCCGCCUCCCCCGUUCAGAACCCCGCGGUGCAAGCCGAAUCCAAGUCGGCCAAGAAGAAGAAGGCGAAGAUUGCUGAGCGCACCGAGUCCCCUGCUCCUACUGCCUCUCCCGCUCCCGAGAGGGCUGACGGCUCCGAUGAGUCUGGCGAGACGCCCUACAUUCGCGAGAUCCAGAAGAACAUUCGUAACACCAACAAGAAACUUACCAACGCCUCCAAGAUCGACAACUUGAUCGCCGAGAACCCCGGCAAGUCGCUCGACGACCUUGUCGCUUCCCGCAUCAUCAAUGCCGACCAGAAGGCUCAAUACCUGAAGAAGCCUGCUCUGCAAGCUCAGAUCACCCAGUAUGAGGAGCAGCUUGCCCAGUACAAGAAGAUCGACCAGGAAUACCGCGCUCGUGCUGCAAGCGAGAAGGCUGAGCUGGAGAAGUCCUUCGCCGAGAAGCUCGAGAAGCUGGAGAAGGAGAAGGCUGCUGCCGUCGCCGAGGCCAAGGCCCAGCUGGAGGGCGACUCCAGCAAGACCAUCAGCAGCAAGCUUCUCACCCUGUCACAGUUCCUCCGUCUUGCUGCUGCCCGCCGCUCCGAGGAUGCUGACCCCAACGUCGAGGAGAACCGCGCGCUCGAGGGUGUUCUGCUUGCCAUAUACACCGGUGACGAGAGUGCUGUCGCCACCAUGCUGAAGCUGAUCGACGGCAGCGACGAGCUGACCUACAGCGUCAAUGGCGAACAGCUCCAGACGACUUUCGGCCAGGUCAAGGCUGCUUCUCAGGCCUACAAGUCUCCCUUCGAAGAGGCGACUGCCGAAACCGAGACCGCCGCUGCCGAGGCCGUUACCGACCCCACCAUUGCCAACGCUACUGUGAACGAGAUCGAGGCUGAGAACGCGGCCGUCACCAACGGUCAGAUUGAGCACGCCACCGAGACCCCCAGCAACGCCGACAUCGUCAGCGGCUCCGGUAACGCUGCGGGCGAGAAGUGGGACCAGGCGGCCGAUAACAGCAUGUCGCUAUCCCAGGAAUGGGUCUCUGUCCCUCGCGAUCUUGCCGAGACUGAGACCGGCGUCGAUGCUACCCCUGCUGCUGCCUCCAACACCCAAUCUUGGGCCGACGACCAGCCCGAGCAGCAUGAGGUCCAGGCUGAGGCUCCCGCCCCUGCUGCUGACCCCAACGACGGCUUCCACCAGGUCCAGGGCCGUAACCGCGGUCGUGGCGACCGUGAGGGAGGCUACCGUGGCCGUGGCCGUGGCGAGUGGCGCGGACGUGGACGCGGCGAGGGCCGUGGUGGACGCGGGCGCGGCGGCCAGCGCGGCGGCUCCGUCUCUCAGCGAGGACCCCGCCGGACUGAAGAGUCAUAG